GUGUGCGCUGUUUACUCGCUCGUUUUUAAAGAGCUCAUCUGUAGCUUUGUAGCUAGCUUGGCAAUUGCUUGUUUUCCUGAUUCCCACCCGGGGUUCCCACUCGUCGUCGCUGCUGAACUCCAUCACUGCAAAAUCGAAUACCACAGCAGCUAACCAGGCGGACAUUACGUUCCAGAUGGAUCAACAGGACCAGGCCUAUAUGUUUGCCCGUCUCACACGGCCACAUUCUGAACAGCUGCUGCAAGGUCUUCAUUCUGAACAGCUGCUGCAAGGCCUUCAGCUCUUACGGAAAGAUCACGAACUAUGUGACAUUGUGCUCCGUGUGGGUGACUCUAAGAUCCAUGCCCACAAAGUAGUGCUGGCCAGCAUCAGCCCUUACUUCAAGGCCAUGUUCACGGGUAACUUGUCCGAAAAGGAAACGGCUGAAGUCGAAUUCCAAUGCAUUGACGAGACUGCCUUGCAGGCCAUUGUUGAGUAUGCUUACACUGGCACAGUGUUUAUCUCCCAGGAAACUGUGGAAUCUCUGCUGCCAGCAGCCAACCUACUGCAGGUCAAGCUAGUACUAAAGGAAUGUUGCUCCUUCUUAAAAAGUCAGCUGGAUGCUGGGAACUGUAUCGGCAUUUCCCGCUUUGCAGAGACAUAUGGCUGUCAUGAUUUGUGCCUGGCUGCAACUAAGUUCAUCUGUGAAAAUUUUGAGGAAGUUUGUCAGACCGAGGAAUUUUUUGAACUAACACGAGCUGAGUUGGAUGAAAUUGUGUCCAAUGACUGCCUUAAAGUGGUGACAGAGGAGACCGUUUUUUAUGCCCUAGAGUCGUGGAUUAAAUAUGAUGUAACUGAACGACAACAACAUUUAGCUCAGCUGCUGCACUGUGUGCGCCUUCCACUCCUCAGCGUCAAAUUUCUCACUCGUUUAUAUGAAGCCAACCAUCUCAUACGAGAUGACCACGCAUGUAAGCACCUGCUAAACGAGGCCCUCAAAUAUCAUUUUAUGCCUGAGCACCGGUUGUCGUAUCAGACUGUCCUGUCUGCACGACCCAGGUGUGCCCCGAAGGUGCUGCUGGCAGUAGGAGGCAAGGCUGGACUGUUUGCCACCUUAGAAAGCAUGGAAAUGUAUUUCCCUCAAAAAGACUCAUGGAUAGGACUAGCCCCUCUCAGCGUACCCAGGUACGAGUUUGGAGUGGCAGUGCUUGACCAUAAGAUGUACGUGGUGGGUGGCAUCGCGACACACAUGCGUCAGGGCAUCAGCUACAGGAGACAUGAAAGCACAGUGGAGAGCUGGGACCCAGAAAGCAACACCUGGUCUUCGGUAGAGCAUAUGGCAGAGUGUCGCAGCACACUUGGGGUAGUGGUCCUGGCCGGAGAGCUGUACGCACUUGGAGGCUACGAUGGCCAAUAUUACCUCCAGUCUGGGGAAAAAUAUGUCCCCAAGUUGAAGGAGUGGCAACCUGUGGCGCCCAUGACCAAAUCUCGCAGUUGCUUUGCCACUGCUGUGCUGGACGGCAUGGUGUAUGCCAUUGGAGGAUAUGGACCAGCGCAUAUGAACAGUGUGGAGCGGUACGACUCGAGCAAGGAUGCCUGGGAAAUGGUAGCCCCCAUGGCAGACAAGAGGAUCAACUUUGGCGUUGGCGUCAUGCUUGGUUUCAUAUUUGUGGUGGGAGGACACAAUGGAGUCUCUCACCUGUCCAGCAUCGAGCGGUAUGAUCCCCAUCAGAACCAGUGGACAGCCUGUAGACCAAUGAAUGAUCCACGCACUGGUGUUGGCUCAGCUAUUGUGGACAAUUACCUGUACGUGGUGGGAGGUCACUCAGGAUCCUCUUACUUGAACACUGUCCAGCGCUACGAUCCCAUUUCAGACCGCUGGUUGGACUCCAGCGGAAUGAUCUACUGUCGCUGUAACUUUGGUCUGACUUCCCUUUGACCCAUGGCCCAGCCAGCUAGCACUUAAUGAGACACCUUAUUAGACACAACGAAUCUUCCCUCCCCGCCCCCGUUGGAUCCUCUUCCUAUCCCACAUUCAUCUUCCUGGUGCAGAGGAUUGCCAAACACCAGCAUGAUUGGCGUUGGACCUGCUGAAUGGAAGGAUGGAUGGAUGGAUGUGAUAGGCUAGUUAGCUAGCCAUGGGGAAUAUAGGCCAGGGGGAUGUGGCUACAGAGAUGAAGAGUUGCAGUCUUGUGCCGACAAAAAAGACCUGAUGAUCAUUUGCCGGCCACAAAAGAGACUUCUGCUCUAGCUGCUGGAACACAAUGAGGACUUGGAGCCAUUUCCCAGAGGAUUGGGGAAGAAACCUGUCACUUUUAUUUAAAUAUUUUUGUUACUCUGACCAGUUUUUUUUCUUCCGUGUCUUGUAAUACUUUUUUCCAAUGUUCCUUGCUGCAACAAGGACCAUGUGUUCAACUUCUGGAGAACACCGUAGUUUGCUUGUGACAAUGUGUUUGUAGAUAUGUGUAUGUCUGUGUGUAUGCUCAAAGGGAUAUGUGCAUGUAGGAUUGUUUUUUGUUUGGUGUCUGCAUGCAGAACGGAUGCUCGGUUCUGCAACACAAUAUGUGCGUCACAAAAUGAGGACUUAGACUAUUUUCUUGCAAAAAGGGCUGCCUUUUCUCUCUUGUAUACAUAGUCUAAAUUCAAUAUAUAGAUAUAAAUAUAUACUUAGUGCAUCGCCUGUAAAUGUUUUACCACACUGGGUCAUAUGUAUAUGUGGAUGAGGAGGUGACUAAUUCUGAAGUUGACCUCUUGUCUGCUUCAUUCUCUGUAUUUGCCUCUGUUGCAUUUUUAAGAGCAUGUCUUCUUUUGUUGUACCUGACCCCUUUUGCACCCUUUGGUCUGUCUGCAACGCAGACUGUUGCUAUUUUUACAAUUCAACAGUGGAUCCGUGUUGCCACACACAACUGGGUCAACCGCUGUCUGCUUAAUGACUAUCUUAGGUAUUCAUUUUUUAAAGCACAUGCAUUCCAACGCUGUCCGCUGUUCGCCAUAUUUGAUGUAGGUUUUUUUAGUUGUCUUUGCUCGAAACGCCAUUCACACAGAAUCAAUGGCUCGGUUGUAGGUUAAUUGCAUUAUUUGCUUUGUCACAAAUCAGUGCCAUCUUAUUUUUGGUGCAACCCUUGAACCCCUUGCCAAAGAACUGCGAGCAUUUUCAUGUGUGCCACAAAGUCUGAACAUUUUUUUUUUAAUUCUAUAUUGUGGUAUUAAAUCUAGCCAUGCUGUCUAAGAGCAUGCUGACAAUAUUGCAGCAUCAUGCAAGUCUUCAAUGUCUUUUAUUGGCACUUAUCAAACCAAUGAUACAGAUUGCAAGUUGUAUGUAUUAUGUUUUUGUGUAGGCUAACACCAUUUAGAUCAUGCAAUAAGGCUUCCUGUUAAUGGGUUUAUCUUUAAAGGCCUACUGAAAUGAAAUUUUCUUAUUUAAACGGGGAUAGCAGGUCCAUUCUAUGUGUCAUACUUGAUCAUUUCGGGAUAUUGCCAUAUUUCUGCUGAAAUGAUUUAGUAGAGAACAUCGACGAUAAAGUUUGCAACUUUUGGUCGCUGAUAAAAAAGCCUUGCCUGUACCGUAAGUAGUGUGACGUCACAGGUUGAAGAGCUCCUCUCAUCUGUACAUUGUUUACAAUCAUGGCUACCAGCAGCGAGAGCGAUUCGGACAGAGAAAGCGACGAUUACCCAAUUAAUUUGAGCGAGGA